CGACGAAAAUCAAAGAUCAAAGUAAUAGUUCAAUGAAAAGAAAAUUCGGACACGUUGCCAUUACUUGAGUUCUAUUAGAACGCCACGAAGUUCGCAUCCAACUGACACGUGUCAUCCUCCCACUUCCUUUCGGCGUCCUCUUGAAACAAAUUUACAGUAUAUCAUCACUCAGCUGAAAAGAUUAAAUUAUCUUAUCUGGGAAAAAAAGGAAAAGGAAAAGGAUUAAUUAAAGAGAAAAUGAGUGGGAGUAAUCUGGAAACUCGAUCAUUGCUGGAUGAAUUGAAGAAUUUCGAAAAGGGUUUGUUCUUUGAUCUUGGCCACCCUUUGCUCAACCGCGUUGCUGAAACCUUUGUUAGAGCUGCUGGGAUUGGUGCCGUUCAUGCUGUAUCAAGGGAAGCUUAUUUAACUGCUGUGGAAAGUGUGAGUGGAGAUGCAACAGGUGGACUUCCACGGGAGAUUGGCGCCCCGAAGAAACGCCACGUGUUUCCCGACCUCAGAGGGGAAAACAAUCGGAAGUCGGUUGAGGCCUUAGUGAAGAGCACUGGGAAAGAAUCUCUCCAAUGGGGUGUGGCGGCUGGGAUGUAUUCGGGUCUUACUUACGGGUUGAAAGAAGCUAGGGGUGUCCAUGAUUGGAAAAGUAGUGCAUUGGCCGGAGCGGUGACGGGAGCGGCAAUGGCGCUGACACUAGACAACCACUCGCACGAGCAGGUGGUGCAAUGUGCUAUUACGGGAGCUGCUGUAUCCACCGCCGCAAAUCUUCUUACCGGAAUAUUCUAGUUAGUUAUAUGAUGCUUCGUUUUUAAAUCGAAAUCUUGGGUGUUUGCUUUAAUUUCUUUACACAGUGAUUUAAUAUUUCUUUUGUUGUUUUUUAUUAAUCUUGUUUAUUAUGCAUUGAUGACCAUGUUCAUAAUUCAGCUUAAAGCAAAGAUUUUUUGCUUUGAAUA